AUGGAAGAAGCCUGUGUUUGUGUGGAUCUGCUCCAAUAAUGAAAACCAUCCUACUUCCUUUGUACGUCAAGCAUAACAUUCGUUUCUUCAUUCUGCUGGUCUCAUUCCAGAUAUACUGAGCAGCUGUGAACAAGCACUUCAAGGAUCUUCUGUGAGCAACAUGUCAUCAGGGCCAAUGGAGAGUGCUAAUGGAAACAUAGUAAUCAUAGCCCCAAAUGGUGCCAAAACAAUCCAGGCAGGGGAGCAGAUCCCCAGCACCUUAAUGGACUAUAUUCGAUCUGGAGGCCAACAGAAUGGAAGUCUGAGUAGCCAGCCCCAGCAGAAGCACUGUGUUGGGGCAUUUGAGAAGAUCAUUAAACUAGAAGCCAAGACUCUGGGGGUCUUGCAGAUCAUGAUUGGACUGAUACACUUUGGUUUUGGGAUUAUUUCAGUAAUUAAUGCAGUCAAUCACUUCUUAACUGCAUUGUCUACGAUAUUUCCAGUGUAUAGUAGCCUAAUCUUUAUUGCUUCCGGAUCUUUGUCUGUGUCAGCUGAAAAACACUGGAAUACUAAUUUGAAAAAUACCAGUGUGGCAAUAAACAUCUUAAGUGCUAUAAUGGCAUCCUUAGGCAUUAUUUGGUAUAUAUUUGACAUAGCUCAAAUCGUAAGAUUACCCAAACAGCUGAUUUCUUCUUCAUCCCACGUGUCAAUACAUCUCGCCUUCGUUGCACUAUUCCUUAUAUUGACUUCACUGGAGUUCUGCAUUACUGUCAUAGUGACACAUUUUGGGUGCCGGGCAAACUGCUGCACUGAUGAUACAGCUAUUGUGUAUGUGCCCUGCACUAUCAAUGGAGAGAACACCAUUCCUACUGAAAAAAAUGUGGCUUCCCAGCUAGCAGUUUAAGAAGGAAGAAAUUAUGCAAGAUAUCAUACAGGCAAUCAGCACACUGAUAAUCUCACCAUUUUCUGUAACUGUUCACAAUAUAUUUACAGCUGUAAUAUUUAGCAGAUUAAAGGCCCUCCCUCCAGAUGCCCCUGGAAACAAGAGAGAACCUUGACCAUGAGGCGUGCCUCAUUUGUUGACAAAUGUCCUCUGCUGAAGGCUCAGUCGGCACCUGAAUUGUGGUAUAUUUAGCACCAAGUCUCAAUCUCUUUGGAGAUGUAGGGAAGUCACAGAACUGUUUUGAAUGGUUGCCUUUAAACUCAUUUGUUCUCUUCUAUUGUGGCCAAACUAUGGGCAUUUGUUAAGGCAUUUUGAGCAGACAUAUCCAGUAUCUAGCUAAUUACUUUCCAUUGCUUUCUUUACACUGUUCUGCCAUAGCUAUUAAGAUCAUAAGUGGUGUGCCUGUGUUGUGAUGUAUCAACCUGUUUUCUUUCUAUAAAUAUUUUUGGGCAAAAUAAAGUCUAUAUUCUUCAAA